CUUUAUAGCACUUAAGAGGAGAGCACUGGCAGAUGCUGUUCGAGAAGCGCCGUUAAAGUAAAAACAUUACCGCUGAUAUGGCGAAUUUAAUAAAGAUUAGUUUACUGUGUCUCAAUAUUUUAGCUAUUUUCACGUGUUCUUGUGGCUCUACUAAUGCGGAAAACACGGAAAGUAAUUGUCCCUUUGUGAAAAUCGGUAGCAAGUACUAUUUUAUAAAUGAAUCUUUGAAGAUGAGCUGGUUCGAAUCAUCUGAGUAUUGCCGCUCUAUUGGCGGAGAUUUGGUGAAUAUUAACUCCAUUGAAGAAUUGCUGGCACUGCAAAAAUAUAUCUUAGGCAUGAAUAUACAAACGCAACUGUGGACUGACGGCAAUGAUUUGGGAAGGGAAGGUAGAUAUAUGUCACUAACCACUGGGCGACCUUUGUUCUUCACCAAAUGGAAACCUAAUAACCCUGAUAACUCAAAUAAUGAAGAUUGCGUUGAAGUGCGUAUAGAAAACAAAACACUUGUUAUGAACGACCAUAAAUGUGAUAUGGAGUUUUACGCGAUUUGCCAGUAUCGCGAACCCACCACGCAUGGCGGAAGUAAAAUUUCGGAGUUGAAUGAAAAUGAUAAUUUAAAAUUGCUAAGGAACUUAGGUGAGGCUUUGACGCAUGCAGCCGAUGUGUAUAAAUCAUGUUCGCAACAAACUGGUUGUCCGGUGUCUUAGUGGUCGAACAGGCUUGUUAUAAAUUUUCAGAUAUAUUUAAAUUAUACUCAUUUGUUAUAUUAUCAGAGAACUCUGCACUUUGGUAUAACGCCAGUGGGGGUAUUCAUCUAUCGAAAUGGAAAAAAAAAAUGUUUACACUUCUACUGUUCAAAUAUAAAAUAAAUAUAUAUGUAUAUCAUAUUGUUCGCAAAAAAAUAAACAAAUAAAGUGAUUUAGAUGUCAUAGAGUGAAUGUGUAAUAAA